CAUAAAAAAAUAUUAAAGCAAAAAGACUCUAGAGUCAACGAGUCCACGCAGUGGCAGUGGCAGCGACUAACCAAAUUAUUGAAAAAUCAAAGGGCUUUUUCGUUUUCGCUAAAAUUUUCACUUUACGUUACCCUUUAACAUACCUAUAAAUACUCACACUUCAAACUCCCAACAAGACAAAAUUCACAUUUCUCUGUGUCCUUUUUCUGAAGCCGAAACGAAGCAAAUGACUUCCUCUCCCAAUUAUCCGCUCAUCACCAGUAUCACCAUGGUCACGGCGGAGAAAGGCGGCGCCGCCGAAUUUUCCGAUUUGCAUCCAGAUAUAAUAGAAGAUCAUAUCCUCCCUCGCCUUGACGGACCAACACUAGCCUCUACGAGCUGUUCCUCCACCACCCUCCACCACCUUUGCUCCGACAAUCACUUGUGGUCACGUAUAUGCCACUCCACUUGGCCGUCCACCGCCACUCCACGUGUCAGUCACGUGAUCUCCACUUUCCCUGACAGCGGUCACCGUACCUUCUUCGCUCAGUCCUUCUCCCUCCCUCUUUCCGAUGAUAAGCAAAUUCACGAUUUAGAGUCAGUGGAUUUGAAGCGAGUGCUCCAUGCUAUAAAUAUAAACCCUUAUCACCUUUUUUGUAUAUGUACAUAUGAUCCGAGUCGAAAACAAUGGAUUCAGUUGAGCUCUUCCGUCUAUGCCCGAGAGAUGAAUUCAGUUGCAUCCUCUAAUAUUAUAAACUGUUCGUCUCCGCCGCUUGAGUUAAUCUCAGCCGUCGAUAUACACUACAAGGAGAAGGUAGUUUUCAGUAAAGUGCAAGAGACUGAAACCACGACGAGUUGGUUUCAGUGCUGGCCGUUUAGAAUUGACAUGAUAGAUCCAAAGGAUGUGAUUUUAACGACGAUAAAACACCCGAAUGAUGAUGACACGUGUACGGAUUUGAUUGAAGAUAUGACGCUGAGUUGGAUUUUGAUUAAUCCAAUCGGACGGCGAGCAAUUAACCUCUCUUCUUUCAAGCCUGUUUCUGUGCAACGUCAUUGGUUGACUGGGGAAGUGCAAGUGCGGUUUACUUCAAUCCUGACCGAUGAUCAGAAGAGAGGUCACGUGCAGUGCGAGAUAGUGGUCACGUGCGGUGGAUCUGAAGUAGGAGAGAUGGAGGUAAGGGAAGUGAGUUUGGAGGUGGAGGACAUGGAUGGAACUCACUUGAACGGGAGGGAGAGUUUGGUAAUUUUACAAAGGGCAUUGGAGGGUAAAAGGGGAAAUGGAGCUAACAGGGCUGAAAUAGGGAGGAAGAGGUAUAAAGAAUUCUUGGAAAUGAGAAGGGAAAGAAAAGAAAGAAAGUUGAAGAGAGAAGGGGCGUUGGAUAUUUUGUGUGUGGCAUUUGGUAUAUUCAUUUUUGUGGCUUUUUGGUGUUUUCUAUUUUGUUUGGGUAGAUAACAGAUGUAAAGAAUAGAGAAAAUAAAAAUAAGUGAAAAUGUAAAAUGUAGUGGUUUCUUACUAUUUUUUGGGAAAUUUAUUAGAAAGAAAAAAAAGCCAGAGGAGUAUUAUGACAAUA